AGAGAAAGAGAAAGAGAACGAAUAAGAAAAUAGUCAGCAGCCUGUUUCUCAAAUCACAAAUCCUUACAACUACUCUAGCUCAAAACGACGACUUUUCUAGUUUUCCUAUGACCCAUCAAUUCCUCUACCCCAUUUCCUCUCUUUCUGUAAAGUGAGAAAUCGCAUAAUACCCAGUAGCAAUAAUCUCUUCUACACUGUACUCUGUACACCAUUCAUAGAAAAGUAGAAGAGCUGCUCUGCUCUGCUCUCAGCUCUCUAGAGUAAAAGGAGAGUUGUAGAGAGCAAAAAAUCAAAAAUGGGUUGUGGGAAUGUGUUCUUCACACUACUCAUAACCUUCUCAGUAGCUCUAAUCACCUACAACAUAAUCAUAUCAUCCAAUGCUCCUCUCAAGCAAGAGCUUCCAGGCCCAUCCAGAUCUUCUUCAUCAAUCACAGUGGACCCCAUAAUCAAGAUGCCUGUGGACAAAUCCAGAGGUGGGUCCGGUUCGAAGAGGCUGUUCCACACGGCGGUGACUGCCUCAGACUCUGUCUACAACACGUGGCAGUGCAGAGUCAUGUACUACUGGUUCAAGAAGAUGAAGGAAACACCCAAUUCUGAUAUGGGUGGGUUCACCAGGAUCUUGCAUUCUGGGAAGGCUGACAAACACAUGAAUGAGAUCCCAACUUUUGUUGCUCAGCCUCUCCCUUCUGGAAUGGACCAGGGUUAUAUAGUCCUCAACAGACCUUGGGCAUUUGUGCAAUGGCUUCAACAAGCAGACAUUAAAGAAGACUACAUACUGAUGUCGGAGCCAGAUCAUAUUAUUGUCAAGCCCAUACCGAACUUAUCAAGAGAUGGGCUUGGAGCUGCAUUUCCAUUCUUUUAUAUUGAACCUAAGAAGUACGAGUCAGUACUAAGAAAGUAUUUUCCUGAGGAAAAGGGACCAAUAACUGACAUUGACCCAAUAGGGAAUUCUCCUGUCAUAGUUGGGAAGGAAUCUCUCAAAAAAAUAGCUCCCACUUGGAUGAAUGUUUCCUUAGCAAUGAAGAAGGAUCCUGAAACAGAUAAGGCUUUUGGUUGGGUGCUUGAAAUGUAUGCGUAUGCUGUUUCAUCUGCUCUGCAUGGUGUUGGUAACAUCUUGUACAAGGACUUCAUGAUUCAGCCUCCAUGGGAUACAGAAGUUGGCAAGAAGUUCAUAAUUCAUUAUACUUAUGGAUGUGACUACAAUAUGAAGGGUGAGUUAACCUAUGGAAAGAUAGGAGAAUGGAGGUUUGACAAAAGGUCUUAUGAUUCUGUUGCACCGCCAAGAAACCUUCCACUUCCUCCACCAGGUGUUCCUGAAAGUGUGGUGACUCUGGUAAAAAUGGUCAACGAAGCCACAGCAAAUAUUCCAAAUUGGGGAUCGUAGAGAAGAGACCCGGAUCAAAGAUUGCUUGAGAUAAAGCUAUGUUUUGGUUCAGGAUGAUAUAGGUGCUUGACACUCGUACAGAUGUCAUCUAUGCAAAAACGCUUGUUAAGUUUUAAGUCUUCUUAAAUUGGAUUGCGAACACAUGCCCUACUGAUCAGUUGGGAGUCCAAAAACUGCAAAAAUGUACAAUGUGGUGUGUAGCUUUAUGUGCAUAUGUGCCAAAGUUUGUAAUGCGAUAACCCCAAUAAAUGCGCCCUUCAAGAAUUAGGGGUUAUAGUUUUUACUAUUGAAAAAUGUAGAGAAGUGAAAGUAGACAAGUUGACGAGAUAGAGGUGCCAUUUAUUAUUGCCGUUUACUUGAAAAUUACAAGAACCCAGUUUAUUGCUUUGUUCU